GUAGACACGGGGUGGGCGGGCUACCCACCCACCGGUUACCCACCUUCGUAUCUCGGCUCGUCCCUGCCCGCAUGCCCGUCCGGACACGCCCACACCGCCCACCACGCCCACAUGCCGCCCGCGCUGCAGUCAGCUGCCCAGAGAGAAGCGGCGGAGACAGCGGCAGCAACAGUGAAUCAUCACAGCUUGCUCUCCGAGGCCCUGGGCGGCGACGCAAGCCUGGCGCUGGCGAAGGACCUCCUGCCAGCCACGCCGUCCGUUCUGCCGCCGUCCGUGUCCGUCGCCACGUCCUUGAGCAUGCUCGGGGGCGGAGUCAGCGUGCUGGGGGGCGGGGCCUCGGCGAUAGGGGGCGGGGCCAACAUGCUAGGGGCCGGCGUCAACCUCCCUGCCCGGCCACCCCCCGCGCCCCCCCGACCCCGUGUGGCGCCCCUACUGACCCUGGAUCAGCCACGGGCGCCGGGGUCGUGCGGGGUCGCGCCCAUGACCCCGUGGCGCGCGGCCCUUGUGAACUCCGAUUGCGUUCGAAGGAGAAAAUAAAGGGAAACACAAAAGCCAAUCACAGCCUCGAGGAUUGA